AUGUUUAUUUUAAAGUGUUCCAUUUUGUUAUAUUGUUUUUUUUGCGCGAAAUUGACUUUUGCGAAAAUCGAGUUAAUACAGUCAGACUUUGGCAUCGAAAAAUGCAACUCCGAAAAAGUAGAAGCGCUAGAUGAGAAAUUUUAUGAAAAGGACUGUGGAGGUGAGAAUUUAUUACCAUCUGUUGAAUGGUUAGAUAAAAAUAGCUCAACAAAGUCUUAUGCCAUUACAAUAACUAGUAGGAAUCAUUUGAAUACCAUUAUGGUUCAUUUCAUAGCAUGGAAUGUACCAGCAUAUAUAAAUUUAAUAAACCAUUCUACAAAAUUUGAAGAAAUAAAUGCAAUUACAGGUUUAAAUUCAUAUAACAAAAAAAUAUAUGAAGGUCCUUGCUCUAAUAGUAUACAGAAUAACGAGCCGAGUGAAUGCAUGAAAUUUACCCUGUAUGCAUUAAAAAAUGAGUUUAUAGAACUAUCAGAAGACGCAGAUUACUACGAAUUAAUGGCAUAUCUUAAAAAGAUGAGCAGGACUGAGAAAAUUGUUGUCGACAGCUUAUCUCUAUCCUCACUCUUCAUACCAAAAAGAAGAGUUUCAAAUUAA